CUGAAUGUUUUUGCUUGAAAGAUUUGAAGUUUGUUUAAUUGAGUCUUUUUAGCAGUUCCAAAUAUCUGUGAUGCGGCAUAUACAUAAUAUCAAAGAGGAAAUAACGAAGCCAAAAAAAAAAUUAAGGAUGAAUAUGAAUUUUGAAACUAUUCCUAAGAAGAAGAAAAAAGGAUUGAUUCAUUCAUUAAUGGGACACUAGGAUUGAAACUGAUGACAAC